AUGACAGAUACGCUUGAGAAAAAAGGCAGGUGGGUUGGUGAAGGCGGUACAAAGACAAAUGGCUACUUGGAUGGUCUCUCUGGCUGGACAACUUCUGUGAAAGCAGUUGACCGGGAGACACGAGAAGCAGAACUGCCAGCUUCCUACAGACCUCCCUUACGUGGACUCAAGAAGGAAGCAAGCAGCCUGGGUUCUGCUGCAAUAGAUCUUGCCGAUAAUGCUGAAGGAAGCCUUUAUGCUACUGGAAGUAAUGAGCUUUCUUUGUUUAAAACAACUCUUCCUACUGUUGGACAUGCUUACGUGUCUGGAAGCCUUUCAGGCCACCAGAAAGACGCCCAAGAUGUCAGCUUCAAGGCAGUGCGAAACAUCUUUCAGGACAGAGAGCAUCAGAUUUUUCUUAUGGUCCUGGGUGCUGUUGUGCUUUGGGAGCUGUUGGCGACUUGUCUUGAAUGGACAGUAGAUGAGAGUCUCUAUGAAUAUCUCGACUUCGUUGAUGCGACCGACAGGUAUGGCAAGCUGUGGAUUUGGAGUUACCUGGGAGCAUCUAUAGGUGCCUGCAGCGUUGCUGUAUUCGUGGAUCAACUGAAUUGCUUCCUCAGCAGGACAAUCCCCCGCCUCGCUGUCCAUUUCUACGGCUAUGCUCUCCUGGUAACGCUCUCGUUGCUUGUCAGCAUCUUUUUUCCCAUCCACAUUCCCAAGAAAACCGGCCGUGUUAACAAAACCGCCAAAGCCCUGGCCCUGCUGUGGAGCGACGGCCGAGCAAUCCUGUACGCCAUCACUGUCUUCCUCACCGGCGCGGCUGGCUCCACAGUGCACAACUUUCUCUUCUGGCAGAUGCAGGACCGAGGCAGCGGUGAGCUGUACAUGGGGCUCUCUGUGGCCGUUGGGCUACUUGCUGAAAUUCUGCUUUAUUUCUUCAAAGAGAAGUUGCUGAGGACUUUCUCGAGCGGCAAAAUUGUUGCAGUUGGUCUAAGCCUCCUGGCAGCGCAGCUUCUGUGUUACUCCUUCUUGUGGACUGCGUGGUCGGUUCUCCUCAUCCAGAUUCUAUCUGCCUUCAGCAGCGGCGCGUUGUGGUGGGUGGUUAACGCGACGGUGGAUGACGUCGCCACUCCAGGCAUGGACAGGCCCUUACGCGCUGCCCUCCAGGGCCUCUGCCACGGUGGAGGAGCCAGUCUGGGCAGUUUUGCAGGAGGGUUUGUGGUGAAGCACUUUGGCCUGGCAGUUCUGUACAGGGCGUGCUGCGUGUGCCUGGUGCUGUGGCUCUUCUUGUUCUUAAUUGUCCAAUCUAAACUGCCACGGCAGAAAAAAAUUAAUUAUUCUCGUCUCCUGGCUGCAGAUUCCAGUGAUAUGAGUGACUCUGACGAGGAGAACGAGAGGGACUGGCUAGUAAAAGCUAUGAAGGAUGAAAGCGUUAGCAGGAAUUGGUCACAGCAGCGUGGGAUCAACUAA